GGUCGUAAAGCGUCACUUACUAAGACGGUGUCGCAGUGAGAGGGUCGCCGCGGCCGCGCUCUCCUCCCCCCGACACACACGCCGCAGCAGCAGCAGCGGUUUACCUCAUCUCAGGAGUGCCAGCAGAGUGCCAGGAUGCCCCGUGGUAGACCCAGAGGCACGGCCCCCGACAAGCCUCGCGGCCGCAUGACCGCCUACGCCUUCUUCGUGCAGACGUGCCGCUCCGAGCACAAGAAACUCCACCCCGACGAGAGUGUCCAGUUCGCCGAGUUCUCCCGCCAGUGCUCGGAGCGCUGGAAGACCAUGUCGGAGAAGGAGAAGAAGAAGUUCCACGACCUGGCCGACGAGGACAAGACCCGCUACAGCCUCGAGAUGAAGGACUUCGUGCCGACGGGCGGGACGGGGGGCCGACGCGGGCGUCGCGGGCGGGGCACCAAGCCGCCCAAGGACCCCAACAAGCCCAAGCGGGCGCUCUCCGCCUUCUUCUACUACGCCAACGACGAGCGGGCCAACGUGCGGGCGGCCAACCCGGACUUCUCCGUGGGCGAGGUGGCCAAGGAGCUGGGCCGCCAGUGGACGGAGCUGACGGAGACGGAGAAGCACAAGUACGAGAAGCUGGCGGAGGCUGACCGGGCCCGCUACGGCCGGGAGAUGUCCGUGUACAAGGCCGGCGGCGGCGCCGCCCCCGACCAGGCGCCCUUCAAGAAGUUCAAAGCCGCUAAUGGCCACGCCGUAGACGCCCACCACAACGACGACGACGACGACGACGACGUAGGAUCUGAGGAGGACGACGAGGACGAUGACUCGGACGACUAGUGCCAGUGACGGGUGUUUGGUGGUGAGAGCGUUAACAACUUGAGACUUGAAAUGUGAUGUACAAACUUAUUUUUAUACUGCCUGAGCCUGUGUGUACAUUGUAGUGUCUAAGGUGUUAUUUAUGACCAUAUACGGGGCAGGAACUCCUCAAGGAUUGAUUUUACGACACGCAACACGACUAUGUGUUCUCUCAACACCUCAAUUUCACGUAUUUAGUUUUUAUAUUUUCUACAAAUAAAAAGAAAAUGAAGGAAA